AUGAAGCAAAAGAUUGUGAUCAAAGUGCCGAUGCAGAGUGACAAGGACAAGUCAAAGGCCAUGCAGAUUGCUGUCACUAUGCAAGUUAGGAGUAAUUGUGCAGGAGUAAGCUCGGUGAGUAUCGGAAAAGAAGGGGACCGCAUUGAGGUAAUCGGAGAAGGGGUUGACUCUGUGUGUUUGGCCAAAUCUCUCAGAAAGAAGUUUUGUUUUGCUGAUAUAGUCAGCGUCGGAGAAGUCAAGCCGGUCAACCCUCCACAACCAACGCCGCCGUUCAAUUAUUAUUACCCGCCGCCGUGCCCACAGUACUACAACCCCUGCCCGGUUUAUGAUACGGGUUCUCCUAGUUGGUUUUUUAUGUGAUUUGACCCGGGUUUUUAUAGUCGUCUUUUCUUUUUUUUUUCACCGGAAAUUUCAUAAGAAAUAAUUAGAAUACUGAUAAAAAAAUUGUUGUAACGCUUCCUUUUUUUUUCUUUUUCUUUUUUGUAUAUAAUGGGAAAAUUCAUGUUGAUGUAUAGAGCUUAUGACAUGUA